ACACACCCCCUCCUCCACAGUAACUUACAGCGGAUGCAAACAAGCAUGCUGGAAAACGCCGGACUCGUGGGGACGAAGACGAAGACGCAAGUUGGUCAAUAGAGAAGCAGGCAUCGAAGUCAGCCGUGUAACGAGUUUCAUCUGGAAGGAUUUAAGACUAUGGCUGAACAAGUGAAUGGUGAUGCUGAAGUACCCCCACUACGUUGUCUGUCCUUACUUGGCAAAGCCCUGUCACAGACCCGACUGGACCAGCUGGACGCGGAUAGCCGAAGUAGUGUUACACCAAAUCUUCGACGCAGAAGGGUUUCAAGUGGUCACAGUUUUGAUUCGCCAGAUGGAUUUGUCGGUUCAGUUGCUGAGGUGCAUGUCCUGGUGAUUAAUACUGGUGGCACUAUUGGCAUGAUGUAUCAGAAUAAUGUGCUGGCCCCGCAGUCAAAUGCUUUUGUCACUGCCCUCCGAAAACUGCCCAUCCUGCAUGAUGAAGUAUAUGCUCAGCAGACACGACUUUACGACUUCUGUGAUGUCCCUGAAGCCACCUUGGUCUUGCCGCUUUCAAAGCAGAAUAAGAGAAUCGUAUACACAGUUCUUGAAUAUUCACCGCUCCUUGAUUCCUGCAACAUGACAACAGAAGACUGGGCCAAGAUUGCAAAUGACAUCUAUUGGCACUAUGAACAGUAUCAAGGGUUUGUCAUUCUGCAUGGCACUGACACGAUGGCCUACACUGCAUCUGCCCUUUCCUUUAUGUGCGAAGACCUUGGCAAACCGGUCAUCCUGACUGGUUCUCAGGUACCUAUCUAUGAAAUGAGGAAUGAUGGACGUGACAACCUGCUGGGUGCCCUCCUGAUUGCGGGUCAGUUUGUGAUUCCAGAGGUCUGCCUCUACUUCCAUCACAAAUUAUACAGAGGAAACCGUGCGACCAAAGUGGAUGCUGGAAGCUUCAAUGCCUUCUCUUCGCCUAACCUUGCUCCCCUGGCAAAUGCUGAAGUAGAUAUAAAAAUUAACUGGGACACCGUUUGGAGAGCCAACACUACCAAAAAGUUUCUGGUACACAUCAACAUGAACAGAAAUGUCGGACUCCUGAGGCUGUUUCCCGGAAUCACGGCUGAAACUGUCAGGGCCUUCCUCCAACCCCCUAUGGAAGGAAUAGUACUGGAAACAUAUGGGAGUGGGAAUGCUCCAGAUAACCGGGCAGAUUUGCUGGAAGAGUUUAAGAAAGCCACCGAUCGAGGAGUCCUCAUCAUUAAUUGCACUCAGUGCCUUCGUGGUUCAGUGACUGAAAGCUAUGCAACAGGCAAAGUCCUCAGCAAUGCAGGAUUGAUAGCAGGGUGUGAUAUGACUCCAGAAGCAGCCCUUGCCAAACUCUCAUAUGUGCUGGGAAAGAGCCAUCUGAGUGUGAGUGAGAAGAGGAAGAUGCUGAGUGAAAAUCUCCGGGGAGAAAUGAAUGCUCCAUUGCGGGGAGCAACCUUCUCCCUAAGGGACAGCCGAUUCAUUCAGCUCAUAGCCAAGUCUCUGAGUGUCAGCUGCAAGGAGGAGCUGGAAGCUGUCCGUGAUGCUUUGACACCUGCUCUUGCCUGUGCUGCAGCGAAAACUGGAGAUAUCAAUGCACUGGAAGCCAUUCUUGAAAUGGGUGGUAAUCUGAGCAGUGAGGAUUAUGAUGGACGGACGCCACUUCACGUUGCCGCCUGUGAGGGUCAUCUCAAGUGUGUCCAGUACCUGCUCAGUCACGGAGCAACUGUCUAUGCCAAGGAUCGCUUUGGUGACACGCCUCUCAAGAACGCUGUUAAGUUUAGACAAAAGGAAGUUGUGUGUUUACUGCGGAACACUGGGGCCCACCUUUCCCGUGAAGAGCUAGAUGAUGUGGGAACGGAACUGUGUAGCCUAGCUUCCACUGGUGACUUGGAAGGCCUCGAGACAUGGAAUCUGGCAGGGGUCAGCAUGGAACAUCCCUCUUAUGAUGGACAGACACCUCUGGAUGUGGCCAGGUCUGCAGGAAAUGAAGAAGUGACAGAAUUCCUUCUGCAAGCGCACAUGUGCAGGGAUCAGAGUGUCAACUUUGUUGAAGUCAGCUGUAGCAAGAGAUCCUGAACAUCUGCACCUGGAGAAGAGGAACACGAUUGCUUCAUUGCGAAGGCUGCUGUCACCUAUAAUACAAUCGGAACAAUGUCUGCUAUCUAAGCAAGUUUACCAUCGCCAUAGCUGCUCCCUGAUCCUGUGUCCUCAAUUAGGAACUACUUUGCACAUUUACUACACAAGACUGACUCGCAACAAAGAGAACACAGCUCACAUCAUUAAGCAAAUGCGAGAAACUAAACUCAAUUCCUUGCACGGUGAUUUUAUUUUACUCUAUUUUAAAAGUGUUAUUUUAUUUCUCUUGAAGUUGUUGAUACAUGUGGAUUUAUUAAUACAGAAGCAAAGUAUUUAUUGCACAGUUUUACUG